AUGGAUAGGAGUAUGAUUGAUGCAGCAAGCGAAGGUGUGUUGGUGAACAAAACUCCUACCCAAGCAAGAGAAUUGAUCUCGAACAUGGCAGCCAACUCUCAACAGUUUGGCUAUAGGCUCAACCCUCCAGCCCAUGCUAAUGAGGUAAACAUCUCUUUCCUAGAACAACAAAUUGCAAGUCUGACCUCUCUUGUCCGUCAAAUGGCUGUAGGUAACAUGCAAACGGUGAAGGCUUGCGGGAUUUGUUCAWCUAYRGKACAUCCAAYYGACAUGUGCCCUACACUUCAAGAUGAACCCUAUGAACAAGCCAAUGUUGUUGGAGUUUUCCCACAGAAGAAAUACGAUCCCUACUCAGAUACCUACAAUGUAGGAUGGAGGGAACAUYCGAACCUUAGCUAUGGAGCCAAGCCCUUCGGCUUCCAACAACAGCAUCAACCUAGACCGCCGGUUCCACCAUAUUCGUCUUCCAACCCAGGUAUGUCUCUAGAUGAAAUUGUUAAAGCACUUGCAACUAACACUCAACAAUUUCAACAGGAGACAAGGAGAAGCAUCCGAACCCUAGAGAAUCAGAUCAACCAAUUGGCAACUGCUAUGAGUCGAAUGGAAUCUCAAAAUGCUAGCACAAUCACCUCGAGAAGCGGGAAGGAGCUGAAUGAACCUAGGGAAGAAGCAUCUAAAGAUACAACUAAAGAAGAGAAAGAAAACGAGACACCAUCACCUCAAAAAAAUUCAAGCGGAAAGCAACCCCAAGCCAUAGUCAUCACUCCACCUUUUCCUAGCCGAUUUGCAAAAUCCAAGGAGGAGCAAGACAAGGAUAUUCUCGAGACAUUCCGCAAAGUUGAGGUAAAUAUCCCCCUCCUUGAUGCAAUYAAGCAAGUACCCUGCUAUGCUAAAUUCCUCAAGGAGUUGUGCACUAUGAAGAGAAGGCUGAAAGGCGAUGAGAAAGUCCAUAUAGGAGGAAAUGUUUUAGCAAUUCUCCAAAAGAGACUACCCCCUAAAUGCAAGGAUCCAAGUAUGUUCACUAUCCCUUGUAAAAUAGGAAAUGUCCAGAUCGAAAAAGCAAUGUUAGAUCUAGGAGCUUCGACAAAUGCCAUUUCCCAUUCUAUUUACAUGACCAUGAAUCUCAGACCACUGAAAGAGACGGGUGUGAUCUUACAACUCACUGAUCGAUCUACUACACACCUGAAGGGGGUUUUGGAGGACGUCUGGGUCCAAGUUAAUAAUCUGGUCUUUCCUGCCGAUUUCUAUGUGAUUGAUAUAGAAGAAGAUGAUUCUUCCAAUCCAACUCCAAUUUUGUUGGGAAGGCCAUUUCUUAAGACCUCCAAGACUAAAAUCGAUGUGCAUAAGGGGACACUUACCAUGGAAUUUGAUGGUAAGAUUGUUAAGUUUAAUAUUUAUGAUGACAUGAAAUAUCCUACUGAUGAUAAUCCUGUUUAUUCCGUUGAUGUGAUUGAUUCUUCAGCACAAGAGGUUUUUAAAGUUGAUGGGAAGGAUGUAUUGGAAAUCACCAUUAGUAAGCAUCCUGAUGGGAAUGAUGUAUUGGAAGGUCAUCUCUUCAGUUUGGUGUCUAUCACUAUUUGA